CAAUAACUGUUCCUUCAAUUUCUCAUCUAUCAAACUAUAAAAGAUAUGAAUGUCACAUUAUUUCUUCCAUUAGCAAUAUCAACAUUCCUAUUCAUCAUUAUUUCAAUCUCAUCUGCUUCCAGGGACACACCCCUAACCUAUACCAAUGGGCAACAACCACAACAACUUGGAAAACUAAAUGGAAGCAUAGAUGAUGAAGGCAAAAGAAGUUUAGAUGAAAAAGUGAAUGAGAAAAAUGCGAGUAAUCUACAUAUUGUUUCAAAGAAAGGAGGGGGAGGAAGAGGGGGCGGCGGAAGACGAGCAGGAGGAGGUUGGGGCAGCCGAGGACGAGCAGGAGGAGGUAGGGGCGGCGGAGGAUGGACAUGGAUAUUCGCAAAUUCCGGUGGAAGAAAUUGUAGAAAUUCAGCUUCUAGAUUUUGGAUCUUAUUACUAAUUAUAUUUGUAAUCUUGGAUAUAACGACGUUGUUUUUUUUCUAUUAAUUAUUUUUGUUAGUCCCAU